AUGCAAACUACUCUCAUCAUCCUGGCUCUCGUCGCCGGCACUGCCGCUCAGUUCAGUGCCACGGCUCAACAGAACAUUGUGGACUCUCACAACACUCUGAGAUCCAAGAUCGCGAAGGGAACCUACGUGGCCAAGGGAACCACCGAACCGGCCGGAGCGGACCUUCUCAAGCUGGUAGGUUAAUGGCUCGGAUGAGAGUUUUCGAAUGAGAAACUGCAGAAAUGGGACUCGUCGAUCGGAACGUCUGCUCAGAACUACGCGAACACGUGCCCAACUGGACACUCUGGAGCCGCCGGACUCGGAGAGAACAUCUAUUGGUCGUGGACCAGUGGAACUUUCCCCUCUAACCUCGACUCUUACGUGAGUCCCAUUCAUUCUGGUCCCAGUUGAUCAUCUUAUUUAUAUACAGGGAGUGUCUGCCUCCAACUCGUGGGAACAAGAGUUCCAGGACUACGGAUGGACCUCCAAUGUUCUCGACGUGAACACGUUCAACACUGGAAUCGGACACGCCACCCAGAUGGCCUGGUCUAAGACCGGAUCCCUCGGAUGCGGAGUCAAGAACUGCGGACCGGACUCGUCGAUGAACAACUGGAACCGACUGGUCGUCGUCUGCCAGUACAAGGCCCAGUGAGUCAUUCAUCCCAAAGCUUUGACGACUUUCCGAUUUCAGAGGAAACGUGCUCAACACUCCAAUCUACCAGAAGGGAUCCACUUGCUCCGCCUGUCCAUCCGGCACUUCCUGCGAGAGCAGCUCCGGACUCUGCGCCUAA